CUUCCCUUCCUCUGUUUUUUCUCCUUCUUCUUCAUUUUCUAUGGUUAUAUUUGCUGUAGUAGAUGAUCGUUUGAUGCAGUAAAAUGCUUGAUUUCAAGUUACUAUGCGUUUUUGGCCAUAUUUCAUUGUAUCAAAGUACAAAAAUGAUAUUUGAAACUUGAAAAUUUGCAGUUAACCAUGAAUACAAAUUUGAAUACUUUGGAGUGAAAUAAAGUGAUUUUUGUUGUUUCUCAAAUUGCUGAAAAUUCUGGAUUUCGGAAUUUCAUUUUAUGAAAGUGUUUUUCGGAGUGACGAAGUUCCGUGUGGGUGGUUCGACUAAAUUUAAUAAUCUGAAGAAUAUGAAAAAGAAAAAGAAAAAGAAAACGUCUCUUUAAUAUCCGGGAAGUCAAAUUUGCUUUACGAGAAUAUACACGAGUUGCUGAGGAAAGGGAUUGAAUGAAGAAGGGAAAAAUGGCAGGUUCCCAUAUUGCACAUGCUGCAUACAAGGGUCCAAGUGUAGUGAAGGAGAUUAUGAUAGGGAUUGCUCUUGGAAUGGUUGCCGGAGGUUUGUGGAAGAAGCACCAUUGGAACAACCAGAGGAGAACUAAGGAAUUCUAUGAUCUGCUUGAGAAAAAUGAGAUCAGUGUUGUGGUGAAUGACCAGUAACUGAAAGUCUGGUCAGAUACUAUUCGAAUUUUAAUGUGUUGUUUUCUCACUUGGAAUUAUAAUGAAUAAUGAUAGUUCAUUUGAAUAUAUAUUCAUGAGACAUACAUUAAAGUUGGGAAA